CACUUCAGAUCCUCUCUUUGUAAAGUGAAUGUUCAAAUGUCGCUGGUUCUGUUAAGAUAACGAGCAAUCGGAUCUGCCAAAACCAGGCCUAAUGGGAUGGAGAGAGUACAUGACUGAUGAUGCUGAGCAAAACUGAGCACAGAGGCGUAUGCAAGCUCUUAUCCGCGGUGAGGUCGAUGUCUGGGACAGAGUUUCAUACUGACAGGGAGGAGGACUACAGGUUCCUUCACAGCAUGCUGAUGGAGAAAAAGGUUCACCUGCUGUUUAAGAUUCACGAACGGCUGAAGCGUUUUGAGAAGCGAAGCCCCGUUCCCGUCCAGGAGCAUGCAGCGAGUCUGGCCUCAGAGUUGGCAGAAGAGCUGCUCUACCAAGGUUGGAGAGAUGAAGUCCAAGAACUGCUUACACUUAUUUCCAAGCCUCACUUUAAGAGUCUCCUGCAUACACAUGAUUCUGUAGCUCAAAGAGACUUUGAGCCUGCUCUGCCACCCCUACCUGAUGAUGCAAUGGAGGAAGAUGAAGAUUCGGUCAAAAUCGUGAGCCUGGUGAAAACCAAAGAUCCCCUGGGAGCAACAAUUAAGAAAGACAAAUCCUCCGGGGCUAUCGUUGUGGCUAGGGUCAUGAAAGGAGGUUCAGCCGAUAAGAGCGGUCUUAUCCAUGAAGGCGAUGAGUUGAAGGAGGUGAAUGGAGUUUCACUGGAGCACAGGAAGCCAAAAGAAAUCCUACCUCUUCUGGCUUGUUCUGAGGGUGCAGUUAAAUUCAAAAUUAUUCCUGGAUCAACUAAAGAGGACAUGACAUCACGUAUGACAAAGCUGUUUGUGCGGGCUCUGUUUGACUAUGAUCCCACGGAGGAUCCGACCAUCCCGUGUAAGGAUGCGGCAGUGGCCUUCAGGAGAGGCGACGUCCUCCAGGUUGUCAGCACGGAUGAUGACACCUGGUGGCAGGCCUGUCACCUCGGAGACGGCGGCAGUCGAGCGGGCCUCAUCCCUUCAAAGCAGCUGCAUGAAAGAAGAGUUGCAUUACAACGACCCAGAGCCCUGUUCGGGCAUCAGCACUCCAAACCAGCAGAUGACCGGGAAGUUACAGAGGAUGUAGACUACGGCGCUAUAACAGGAAUCCACAUCGCUGGUCUAAGGAGGAGCUUCCGACUCGGACGCAAAAGCAGCAGAGCCAGCAAAACCGCUAAGUUACGGAGGUGGAGCUCCGAGGUCCAUGGCACAAUCUGUCCCCCUACCUACAUAGAGGUGGUACCCUACCAUAAGGAGCCAAAGGACAGACACCGACUCAUUGUCCUGGUCGGGCCCAGCGGGGUUGGCGUGAACGAGCUGAAGAGGAGGCUGGUGAUCUCCGACCCGGACCUCUAUGGCGUCAGUGUGCCGUACACAACACGAGAGAAGAGGAUACGGGAGAAAGAAGGCGUGGAUUAUCAUUUUGUGUCAGUUCAGGCGUUUGAAGAGCUCAUCCUCAACCACAGGUUUGUAGAAUAUGGGCAGUACAGAGGUAACUACUAUGGGUCAAAUCUGGACUCGGUGCAGAGAGUGAUGGCUGAGGGCAAAGUGUGCCUCCUGGAUGUGCACCCAAGUAAUAUAAAGCACGUGUACACUUCUGAAUUCAAACCAUACGUGGUGUUUGUGAAACCCCCAAGGAUCGAGGAGCUUCGCCUCACCAGGCGGAGAGCUAAAUUUGUCUGUGAGGAAGACUGUAAGCAAGUCAGGAUGUUUUCAGAGGAGGAUUUUGAGGACAUGAUUGACCAGGCUGAAAUGUUGGACAGCCAGUACGGUCACCUGUUUGACAAAGUGAUCGUCAAUGGAGACAUCGCCACGGCAUUCAGAGAGCUGAAAGCAGAACUGAAGAAGGUGGACGAGCUGGAGGUCCAGUGGGUUCCUGCGGUAUGGAUGCACUCCACACCAACAAAGGCGUGGAGAAGCUGCAGCAGUUUGACAGGCUGGAUUUGAACGGCGAUCACCUGGAAUUACAUCAAGGCUCCUAUUAAAGCUCGUUUCACCCCGUCUCUUUAAAAGUGACUCACAUUAGGUUUCUGUAUGUUUAAAUACCACAUUUGGGUUUAAUGCAUUUAAACAUUCAUGUCUGUCUUUGUUACUGCUUUUUCAUAACUCCCAGCUUCUCUAGAUUUUUUCACCGCUCAUCUAGUUUGAUCAAAUUCUCCUCCCUCUCCUCAUAAUGCGUUCUCCAGUUCUCUCAGACGUAGUUUCUCUGCUGGCGUUUCGCUGACAUAACUUUCAUUUGCAAAACGAAGAAGAAGGAGAAAAAAAAAAUGAUCCUGCGAAGAGUUUGCGGCUGAGUGUAGUCCUUUGCUGCCAAGCUGCAAACAUCAGCAUGGAAUUAUUCUGACAGCUGCUGCACUUCAAUUAACUGUAAUGCGCACCAGUGAAACAUUAGUAGCAGUCGGUGAGGCUUUUUGCCAACUGUGCGCUGUACAAAAACACACACAAACAUGAAAACAAUCACAGAGCAGAGGCAAAGCAUACCGCGCCUUGCAAAGGUAUCCAUGCUCCUUCAACUUCUUCGUAUUUGCUCAUGUUAGAGCAACGUCGUGCUGCAUGUACACCUGCAUGUACUUUGAAGUGUUUAACAGCUUUGCACAACUAGAAAUGGACAGUUUUAUGUUUUUGCAAAAAAAAAAAAA